GAGCGUUUAUACCACCUUUUUUUCGGAAUUCGAUGUACGAUUCAAAUCCUACAAAUGCUAACCUCAUAUAUCAUAUCUAGAUGCUUCGGGGGGCUCUCCACAUAAUGCAACCAUACAGUUUUGACAAUUCCAUUCGAAGUCCCCUAUCAAAUGCUUACGGGCGAACGGUUCUAACUGAGGUUGUGCCAAACGGAACUGUCUUUGAUUUCCUGGAAAGAAAAUGGGAUUGGGGGUAUCCACUACCUAAUAGAAUGCUAUGGAGGUUCUUCUUUUGCCUUCUUCGAAUGUGUAUUGCUAUGGCGUACCCACCUGGGAGUCGCACAGGUGGCCUUCGCAUAGAAAGGAUACCAGUGAACGAAAAAAGUAGGCUCGAUAAGUAUCAACUAAGUCAUCAGGAUCUACACGUUAGUAAUGGUAAUUUACCCUCUCCCGAGCGCCCCCGUGGAAUUGGUUAAGACGUGUCGCCGCUCUGCAGCAUCCAGGAGACCGUUAACAUUUUUGUACUUUAUAGUUAUGAUUGGAGACAUCCUUGACGAUGAAGAUCAUACUUUCGUCCCAAUUCUCAAAGCUAUUGACUUUGAGCGAGCAGGAGUCCUCCCCGACCCUGAGAGCAACAACCCAGGUGUCAACCUUAACAUUUUUCAAAUUGGACUGGUGAUGCGUACCCUGAUCGUUCCUGAGGAUGAAUUUGAAUCAGUUUCGGCCGCCCGUGCUGUAGUGGAUAUUAGGGGCACCCAAACCGAAAUCGAAACUCACGCUGCGUUACCUGAUCGAGAGUACCCGAAUCUGGACCCUGACAUUGCGCAGCUUGUUAGACGUUGCUGUGCUGAGGAAGAUCAGUACCGGCCGAGUCUUGAGAGUUUACAUCGACUUAUUUCAGACGCGGUCAGAAGCAGAGGGGCUAAGUCAUAUGAGCUUUUCCCCCGAGGAGAGUAUGAAACAGACGAUGUUAUAAGACAGCUCGUUCAGCGUCUCAUCCUCGACGCCUAUGUGGGUGAAGAUGACAAUUGGAUGCCCGAUAUAAUUUAACUAAGGAUGGAUUCUUGAAUAGCUGUUUUUGGUUUCUAGCGAGGAUUUCAAAUAAAAACAACCUGCAUCCAUGGAUACCUGGUAGAUAAGCAUGUACGGGAUGCUUCCGUGGUUUUAUAGACGUAUAGAUAUCAUUAAUAAACAAUAUCCGCCAAG